GUUCCAUUGUAUCGCGGUAUAUUCCAAAAAUACGCAUUUCCGGUUUUUCUCGCGAUUUUAGCGCCACCUAUGGUAAAUAAACUUUAGAUCGUCUGCCAAUAAGAUGCUAAAAUAUGUCAGAAAUCAUAGUGAGUGUCUUAAUUUUUCAAUUACAAGUAUUUUAUUCAGUUUUAAUGAAGGUGUUUAAAAAAUUAUUCUAAUUUACCCAUAAUAAAAUAAGUCACAGCAUAAAUUGUCAGUCUACCGUCUGGGUUGUUGACAUUAGCCAUAGUAAUGAAGUCAUGUGAUGUUCUAAAACAAAAACUAUGGAACGCUGUUCUCAUAUUAAUUAAAUAAAAUAUAAUGAUAGUAAGCAAUGUUCAAAAAAGGUUUUAGUGAAUAUUUUUUUGUAGAAUAAAUCAAAGAGGUUGCAAUAUGAUAGGAAUAACUUGGAAAGAGCCCACACAGCUGUCAUUUCUGAUAAUGUAUCAGUUUAUCGAGCAGCCAUGGUUUACAAAGUCCCUGAAUCCACUCUACGGGAUAGAACUAGAGGGAAUGUGUCAUUGCAAUCAAAAGUGGGUAAAGAACACCUGUUCACUGAAAGAGAAGAGAAAAUUUUUUUUGACCAUUUGACAUACAUGGCCGAAAUAGGCUAUGGAUAUACGAAAAGUAGCAUCCAAUCUAUGGCAAAAGAGUAUGCCGUUUCAUUAAAAAAGAAACUAACAACAAAAUUAAACAAUUCAGUCAAGCUAAGCAACAACUGGUUUUACCAAUUCAUGAGCAGAUUGCCCCAACUUAAACUUGUCAAGCCCCAGAAGCUCUCUGUACAUAGGGCUAAGAGCACGUCAGAAAAAAAAAUUAAGAAAUACUUCGAAGAGCUCUCUGAAAUCAUGACAACAAACAAUCUGCUGGACAAGCCCAAUCGAAUUUUUAAUAUUGAUGAAACCGGUAUUACCACAGAUCAUAUGCCACCGAAAAUAGUUUGCAACAAAAACACCUCAGCACAGGCUGUUACAUCUCCAAGGUCUUCAACGAUUACAAUUAUCGCUGCAGGAAAUGCUUUAGGACACCACAUUCCUCCGAAUUACGUGUUCCCGGGCAAGAGAUGGAUGCCUGCCUUUCUUGAGGGAGCUGCACCAGGAGCAAGCGGUGAGAUGAGUGAAAGUGGUUGGUCAAAUGGUGCAGUAUUUGAAAACUAUCUGACCAACCACUUUGCACGCCAUGCAGGCAUCACAAAUGACCCCAAUCAGGAACCCACUCUUAUCCUUUUUGAUGGCCAUAGAUCGCACAUACGACUUACUCUGACAAAUUGGGCCCGCCAGAGGAAUGUCAUUUUAUUUCUACUGCCACCCCAUAGCAGUCAUAUUACCCAACCACUGGAUGUAGCCAUAUUUGGACCGCUUAAAAAUAUGUAUUACAGAGAAUGUGCCACAUAUAUGCAACAACAUCCUGGAGCAAACAUCACUAAGUAUGAAAUUGCAAAAUUAAGCAGCAAGCCCUAUCUAAAGGCAAUGUCACCUGAUAACCUUGUUUCCUCCUUUCGGAAAACUGGGAUAUUCCCGCUGCAACCAAACAUUUUCGAAGCAACACCUGGAACAUUAGCUCCUGCAACCAUCUAUGCAAAUGAGGAUUUACAACCGACUUUGACAGAAGACACAGAGGUGAUGGAUGAUCAUGAGGGAGAUGUUGCACAACCAAACACAAAUAGUGGACACAAUAAGGAAAAUAUGAGUCCUUCUGACUUUUUUAAUAGUAGGACAAUCAAAAAAGAAUCUGUGAAUAAAAGUAAGAGAAAAUUUGUUCCGCCAUUUCUCUCUGGAAAUCUUUUGAAGGAGUCUAACAUUGAAGCAUUAGAAACAUCUCAACUAAAUAAGAAGCAAAAAUUAGAAAAAGAAAAGGAAAAAGAAAAAAAGCCAGUAAAGUCAAAGGGGAAAGGAAAAGCACUAGUUAAGACAAAAGGAAACACUUCAAUUACUUCAAGUCGUUCAAGUCCAAAGCCAGGAACAUCUGGCCAUCAGAGCAAAGUAUCCGGCCCGAUACCUGUGGAUACUUCAGAUGAUGACAUUUUAACAGAUGACGAUGAGGUUUGCUGCAUUUGUAACAAAUGGCAGCCAGAAGAACUUUCCCAUAUGGCAGGGAUCAGUUUUGUCAGUUGGGGACAAUGUGACAUUUGUGGACACUGGACCCACCUUAAAUUUUGUUCUUCAAUUAAAGUUCUCAGGAGAGGAAGUGAAUUCAAAUGUCCACAUUGCAUUUAAACAAUUAAAUAAUAAAGAGAGUAACUCAAUAAAGUUUUAAUGAAUGCAAAUUUAAUUUCAGUUCCUGUUUAUUAUUGAUAUUUUAUAUAAAUAAAAAAAAAUGUAGUAUGGAAAUAAAAUAAAUACCUUAUAACUGAACCAGGCUUCCAUACAUUCAAUACCGCGAUACAAUGGAACUCUCCAAUUUAAAAGGUAAAUAAGACUUCUGCGUUUUAAAAAUAGCUCACAAGAAAACGAAAAAAGGUUGAAAAACUGUGUUCCACUGAAAAGUUAGCCAAAUGUAAGCUUUAUAAAUAGCAACCAUUGUCAUAUUCAGAUUUCAACAUUUAAUAUCCAUUUUUAGGGUAAACAAUUAAGUACCGCGAUAUAAUGAGACACCAGUAUACAUAAAGUUCAAACAUUUAGGGACCUCUGAAAUUAUGAAACUCUCAAAAACGUAAUAUUACAAAGACUACAAAAUACUUACUUUUAAC